UUUGUCUCUGGUUCGAUGCUCUGUGGUGAAAGCACAAAAAAUUUAAAAAAAUGCAAUCUUAGCGCUUAAAUUUGUAAAGCUACCUUAUCUUCUUUGAGAUGAAAUAACUUUUUAAUUUUUAUUUCUAUCUAACAAUAUUUCAUUAAUUUACUACAAUAUAUUUGAGUUGUACUUGCCCCACUUUAGUAAAAUAUCUCAAAAUGUAUAAAAAAAACCUAAAUGUUAUGGAUUUAUUUGAUGAGUGUGAAAUGGUAAAAAUUUGUGCUCCUAUGGUUAGAUAUAGCAAAUUACAGUUCAGGAAUUUAGUCAGAGGAUAUAAUUGUGAUCUCUGCUUCUCAUCAAUGAUUCUAGCCGAUUCUUUCCAUAAAAGUAUAAAGGCAAGACGGCAUGAAUUCAAAACAAGUUUAGGUGAUACUCCUGUAAUAAUUCAGUUUGCAGCUAAUAAUGUCAAUGAUUUUGUAACAGCUGCUUGUUUAGCUUGUCCUUAUGUGAGUGGUGUUGAUUUGAACUGUGGUUGUCCACAAAGAUGGGCAAAUGAUCAAGGUGUAGGUUGUGUAAUGCUAGAAAAUCCACAAAAAAUUUUUGAAAUCACACGAAAUUGUAGAAACAGAAUCUGCAAGCCAUUUUCUGUUAGUGUGAAGACAAGAAUAUUGCAUGAUUUGAAGAAGUCUGUAGAAAUAUGUAGACAAAUAGAAAAAGCUGGAGCUAGCUUUUUAACAAUUCAUGCCAGAUACUCAGGCCAAACAGGUGGAGUUAUAAAUGAAGAAGCUUUAAAAAUUAUCAAGGAUAACAUCAAUAUUCCGUUGGUAGCAAAUGGUGGUAUGAAAUCUUUAAAUGACUGCCUAGAAUUGAAGGAAAGAGUGAACUGUGAUGGUGUAAUGAUAGCAAACGGUAUUCUUGAAAAUCCAGCAGUUUUUUCAGGAGCUAAAGAAACACCAAUUGAAUGUGUCCAGAAGUGGGUGGACAUUUGUUAUAAUUCAACAUUGUCAGACGAAGCUUAUGCUGCAUUAACCCUAACAAACUCCCAGCCUACCAUAUUGGAAAGACCAGUUUCUUUGACAUUCCAAUGUUUUCAUCAUCAUCUUGUUUUUAUGUUGGAAAAAAUUUUACCAAAGAAUAAACGGAGGCUUUUCAACAGUAUGAAGAAGUUUAAUGAAGUUCUUGAAUUUCUGAAGGAAGAGUUGUGUAUUGUACCAAAACUGUUUAAUUCAGAUGAAUUCAGGAAAUAUAAGCCAUUGUAUUUAGAAUAUGAACAUGGAGAAAAUCAUUUGUAUUUAUCUGGAGAAAGCUUAGUUGAAGAUGAGAUUGAUGAAAGCAUUGUUGAAAGAGAUGGAAAAUUUUUUGAAUCCAAAGUAGAAGAAAGCAGCUAUGAGUAUGGUAAUUGGACAGAUAUGUUUGAUGAAAAUUGAUGGUAAAUGGGAAUGAAGAAAAUUUCUUACAUGCAUCUGAUAAAAUAUAUUGUUAUACCAAUAUAAUUAUAUCUAAUGCA